UUUGAGUGCGUAAUAAAUUUCUCUCUUUAUAUUGCUCAUCAUAAAAUAACUGAUAAAAAUUGAGAAACAAUGCUACAAAAUCACAAUAAAUAGCUUUGACAAAAACAGUUUUAUACAGUUUUAUUUGAAUCAUUUGUGGAUUAACAUGUUUUUCGGACAUACUUUCCUGCAUUUUUUGCUCAUGCUGCAAGUUCUUGUCCCUCAUUCAAAUGGAGAACCUUCUGUACCAGGAUGGGUUCCACCAUAUAAGUGUUUCAGGAUGAGAGCAGGUGUGAAUUUAUUAAGAGGAUGUGACACGGAUAAAUAUUGCUGUCCCGAACCGGAAAUGUAUCUGCCACAUGUUACCUGUGGAAAAUCAAGAACGCAACCUACGAAAGGCAGAGAACCAGUGCCUAAUGAGUUUCCCUGGAUGGCCAUGCUGUUAUAUGGACAUAAAUACAAUACGUCUGAGAAGCUAUUACCAAAAUGUGGGGGAUCCCUAAUAAACAAUUGGCACGUCCUGACCGCAGCGCACUGCGUGGAGUAUCCAUUUGUGGAGUAUCCAUUUGCUCUCAAGAGUGUGAGAUUGGGGGAACAUGACACUUCAACCAAUCCCGAUCUCACAGUUGUAAAUGGGAUAAGUCGGUACACUCAUCGUUAUUUGGAAAUCGAAGUGGAUAAAAUUAUUGCUCAUGAACAAUUCAAUCACGGAAAAAAAAUGAUAAACGACAUAGCACUGUUGCGACUUCAAGUUCCAGUGCGUUAUACGGAAGCCAUUCAACCUAUUUGUAUACCGGGACCCCAUAUAACGUCCUCGCAUAAGCGCAUGUUUCAAGCAUCCGGAUGGUCGGACAUGGGAAAAGGUAUUCCAAGUCAAGUGUUGUUGCGCAGCUUCAUCCCGGAAAGGCAUCCAGAUGUGUGCAAAUCAAAUGAUGAAUUUGAUUUCGGCAGUCAAAUAUGUGCAGGUGGUCUGGAUGGGAACUACACCCGUCGCGGCGAUUCCGGAGGACCUCUAAUGGAGACCGUAAUACAUGAGAAUGUCCGGGUAACUUAUGCAAGCGGCAUAGUCUCUUACAGACCUAAAACCUGCCAACAAAAUAUUUGCAAGCCAGCAUUUUACACAAAAACUGCUUACUUUUUUGAUUGGAUAAACUCGAAAUUGCAAAGUGCACUAAUCGACAGCGGGCAAAAAUAAAUUAUGUUUGAAACC